CAAAAAUAUGGAAAAUAAAAAAAUUAAGAAGACUAAGACUAUCCAUAUGAGAUACCCUGCCCCGUAUUCCUGGUCACAAACUGGAUCAUACGAGAGAAAACCAAGCACCAUGAAGAAAUCUGUGUCAUAUGACAACAAAAAUAAAUACACGAAGUCAAAAGUUCCACAAAAAUGCUGUGACCCUUACGCUCCUCAUCUGAAAUACGGAAUUUUUCACCGGAAGAACUCAAAAGAAAUUGAAUCAUCGAAAAUCAGUCUCAAUAAAACUGCAUCUGAACAAAUAUCCAAGGAAGCAUACAUUAAAAGCCCAGACGAGCCGUAUUUUAUAAUUCGCCCUCUGAACAGACGCCACACCAAACAUUUGUCCGUCUCUGAAGUAUUACAUGUGGAUAUACAACCAAGAACACGAAAAUCGCUGAUGAGAGCUAGUUCAUCUAUUCGAUUUCAUACAUAAUGGGUAUUCAGCAUUUAAAACGAAAUAGCGCAUUUAUUAUAAUUAUUAAAACAAUAAAUGCACAGAUCAAAUAGAGUUAAAGAUAAUUAAAAAUAUAAACUCAUACACAUAUAUUUGAAAUGUAAACGAUGAUGAAUAAUAUUGUAGGCAUUGCUAAGCAAUCAUAAUCAAUGUCUUUCGUUCAAUGUUUUACGUUGUGACACUUGACAAAAAUAAAAGAAUUGCAGCUUAUAAAUUGGUAAUAAGAAGUGCUUGCAAAAAAUAUAUUAACGAGGUAUAAUGACGAUUGUUAUUUAUAUUGGUGCAUUGUUUUAAAUAAAUAAUAUAUUUUGUGACCUAUAUACGAGGAAAAUCCAGUGUAUAUUUUAAUCCAUUUUGUUUCUAUUACGAGACCAAUGUUGCCAUAUCCCAUUUUUUUUAUUAAAGUCUUUUAAAAUGAA